AUGGCAUUAAUUCCCUUUACUACUCCGCCUAUUGGAUUAGAUUUCGACGAAGAAGCUGAGGAUCGAGAUGAAUUUCAUAUAGACAAGUUUGCAACAGAUUUUACGGAUGCGGAAGAAUCGAUUCGCCAUAACGUGUACCCAGAAAGCGACGAUGAGUAUGAGGAACGUGCUCGUAGUGGUGCUGCGAGAAGGGGGUGUGGAAUCGUUCGUGGUGAUGGUUCGAUGUACAAAGGGCAAAACUUCUACAAUGGAAUUGCUUUUAAAGAGUGUGUUCUCGACUAUGCACUGGCAAGCGGAUGUAACCUGAAGCAAUACAGGUAUGAUAGGGAUAGAAUCGGUUUUAAGUGUGUUGGUGCUAAGGGGAAAUGUAUGUGGAAAGUGUAUGAUGCAUCUCUUCAGAAUGACUCGAUGUUUAGGAUUACACUCUACACGAACAAGCAUAUUUGUGUACCUAAUGGAGAGUGUGAAAUGUUUAAGGUCCCAGUCAUAGCUAGGUUGUUUCUUGAUAAGAUUAGAGAAGAACCAGAAUAUUACAUGCCUUUGAAGAUGGAGCAGACAAUAAUGGAGAAGUGGAAGAUAUCAGUUACUAGGGGUCAAUGUAAAGCUGCUAGGAGAAAGGAUUUGGGAUGGAUAGAGCUUGAAUAUGACACUCAGUUUGAACGGCUCAAAGACUAUGGGGCUGAGAUAUUGGAAGCAAAUCAAGGUUCUGUUGUAGAGAUUGAUACGGUGAAGAACGAUGCUGGACAAGAUGUGUUUAAGCGAUUCUAUAUCAAGGGACAACUGCUGGUUGCUUUAGGGAGAGAUGCUGAUAAUGCUAUUUACCCAAUAGCUUGGUGUGUUGUUCAAGUUGAGAACACAAAUAAGUGGUCAUGGUUUGUGAAUAGGCUGAAGAUUGACUUGGAAUUAGGUGAUGGGGAUGGUUACAUUAUGGUGUCUGAUCGACAAAAGGGGUUGAUUAAGGCGGUUGAGUUAGAGUUACCAAAGAUUGAGCAUCGAAAAUGUGUUAGGCACAUUUAUGUCAAUCUAAAGAAGAAUGAUCCGAAUAAGAAGCGGCUGAAGAUACUCCUCUGGGAUCUAGCUUGGUGCUACAACAGUAAAGAUUACGAAGAGAGAUUGGAGAGGAUCCAUGCAUAUGAUAGUAACUUAUAUGAAGAUGUGAUGAAGACUAAACCAAAGACUUGGUGUAGGGCAUUCCACAAGAUUGACAGCUAUUGUGAGGAUGUUGAAAACAACUCUGUGGAGUCCUUCAAUAACACAAUCAACAAGUCAAGAGAGAAACCAUUUGUGGCCAUGUUGGAAGCUGUACGAAGGCUUGCCAUGGUUCGGAUUGCUAAACGGUCUGCACUAUCUCAUUCACACGAAGGGAUAUGCACUUCAUAUGUGAAACGUUUCUUGGCUGAAGAGCAUAAGGCAGCUUCUCAAUGCUUUGUAUAUCCCAGCACAAAUGGAGCUUACGAAGUUUACCUCAGAUAUGACAAACACAGAGUCGAUUUGAACGAUAGGACUUGUACCUGCAUGAAGUUUCAGAUCUGUGGAAUCCCCUGCGAACACGCGUAUGGACUGAUAAUGAAGAAGACAUUGGAAGCUGAAGACUACGUGUGUCAUUGGUUCCGAACUUUCAUGUGGAAAGAGAAUUACACGGAGGGGAUUGUUCCACAAAGAGGUCCACACUAUUGGCCUUGCACUGGAGGUGAAAGUGUGCAUCCACCACCAAGGACGGAUGAUGAAAAGGUAGACAAGAAGAGGAAGAAAGGUCUUCAUGAGUCACCUACCAAGAAGAAACCAAAAGAAAAGAAGAGAAUCAUGCAUUGUGGGACUUGUGGUGCAGCUGAUCAUAAUUGUAGGUACCACCAGAAGAAGAAGAAUAAGAAGAAUACAACACAGGUUGGAACUCAAGUGGAAUCUACUCAAGGUUGUUUAACUCAGGAGAAUUAA